AUCAAUAUUCAGUAUAUUAGUAACUAAUUUAAAGAGAAAGAAAAAAAAAAGAGUAAAAACAAAUAUGGCUAAGGCAACUUCUUUACUUGUUCUCCCCAUUAUCUUCCUCGUGUUGUUUGCUCUAGUUGAGCAAAAUAUGGGAGCGGGAUGUAUGGAUGUUCUUGGCUCGUGUGGUGAUUUUGAUUGCACAAAAGCGUGCAAAUCUAAACAUGGACCAAUUGCAAGGGCUUUCUGUGACCGCGACUAUGCAGCUGGAAGAUGUAUUUGCACCUAUCCUUGUCCGGGUGAUAAGACUCAUAUGUGAUUUUGGCAUGUACUUUGAAAUCUCAAAUUCUUCAAAAUGUAUAAGCAAAAAACCUAAUUUGAAUGUCAAAAAUCAUAGGUUCUA